AUGUCCCGCCGUUGGGACUAUUGCCGCAUCGACGGGCGCCCACUGGAGUAUGCCGCGGGCAAGAGCAGCGCACCCAACGAUGCACUUGCCACGUUCAUCCCGAACCGAUUCGAAUCGACUCUUCUUCUACCAGGCCCGACGAACAUAUUCAGUCUGGGAACUUGGGUCGACGCGUACCGAGGAGUCACCACAGCAAAGGAAGGCUACCUUGAGUGGUCUAAGUGUUUCGCCGGGACCCCCGUGGAGACACUUAGUGGUUGCGCACAGAUGUGUCUGGAGGAAGGUGCGCCCAGUGCAAGCACUAUGAGCGGCGAGGCCAACAUGACCUACGAGUGCGUGGCUUUUGCGUACAAUCGCGCGCUACACCUUUGCGUGCGCCUCCCAGAAUUUGCAACCGAUGCCGAGUUCGGCCCCCACCUCAGCGAGUGGUCUGGAGAGGGCUGGCAGAACUUCGUAUCCAAGUACCAUGGCAGAGACACAAAGGCUGUGUGCCCUUCAAAGGUUCUGGCGCGCAUUCGGGAGAGUGGUUACAAAAUCGUCCGGGACAAGAACAACGGACACCUCUACGUGCAGUGCGCGAACAGCGAGAGUGUGCAGAAGGUUUCGUGCAUCGAGAGUGACUGCCAGUACAAGUCCAGUUGGUGCUUUGUGAAAAACAGCUGCAGAAGUGGAGUCCCCUCUUUUAUGGGUGGGUGCACGAGGCUUAGCGACGUCGAAGCGCUUGCAUGUGCAGGCGAGCAUGGCGCAGUGGCGCCUAGCAACGGCAACGGGCAAAUCAGCGAUUAUUGGGACGCGUCCAAUGCGGUGAGCCGAUGUGCACGUGCCAAUACGAUUCGCGCCAUCAAGGUCGCGGUGGCCACGCCGUUCUUGCUUGCAAUUGGUGAAUUCGCGACAGUGUCUCUGGUGCAGAACGGCGUGUAUGCGGAACUCGUGGGGAACGUCUUCAGCAAGACUGCUAGCCCCAUCGGGGAAACUUUGUUCCGCAUAGGCUCAUACAUCGCAGAGCCGAUUGCUAGCGUUGGUGAAGUGUUGCCACUGGCGCUGCUCCAGUUUGUCUACGGUGCCAUUGUCGGAAGCUUCGCGCUGGUCUACGUCUUGGGGUCCGCUGUCCUCGCGAUCUCGCCCACGGCCGCAGCGCUCCUGCUUCCCAUUGUCUCCGCCUUCGCCGGAGCGCAGAGGCUCACAGAGGUUGGCAUCGACAUCAUCACGAGGCUCGUUGGUUAUGGACACAUGUACCCUAUGUGCUGUUGCCCAGAGAUCGACGGCACGGUCUCUGCGGACGGCACGCGAGCUUGCGCAGUCACUGCGUCACUCUACGCGAAUGAUACGACGCGGUGCCCGACAGGCUGGGUGCACGACGCGUCCCAGUGCACCAUCCCCGAGAUCGUGCGGUAUUCGGAGGUGCAGACCGUCUCCGGGUGCCGGUGCGCCAACUUCACGGAUUGCGGCACGAACCCGCCGCACCACGGGCACGCGUGGUGCCACGUGUCGGGCCCGGGCUCCUGUGGCCGCGGUGGCGUCGUGCGCGGGGCCGUGGGCGGCCGCUGGGACUUCUGCAGGGUCGACGGCAGGCCGCUGGACUUCGCCGCGGGGAGGAGCAGCAGCACGAACGACGCCCUCGCGACGUUCCUCCCCAACGAGUACUCGCGCCUGCACCUCCUCGGCCCCAGCAACCCGCUGCGCCCCGGCACCUGGACGGACCCGGGCCGCGCGGUCACCACCGCGAAGGCCGGCGGCGUCCUCUCCCUCUCCCCGCGGCAGUGCUUCGCGGGCCUGCCGGCGGAGACCCUGGGGGGCCUGCGCGCGGGCCUGCCUCGAGGAGGGGGCCCCGAGCGCCGCGGCCAUGGGCGACCCCAGAACACCACGUAUCCUUGCGUCGGGUUCGCCUACCACCGCGCGCUCCACCUGUGCGUGCGCCUGCCGGCCUUCGCCGCCGACGCCAGGUACACGCCGACGCUGCGGCACUGGGGGGGCGAGGGUUGGCAGAACUACGUGUCGAAGUACUACGGCAGGAGCCUGGAGUCGUCGUGCCCGGCGCUGACGCUCCUGGACAUCCGUGACAAGGGCUACGCAGUGGCCAGGGACAAGAGCAACGGACAUCUGUACUUGCGGUGCGCCAACCAGUCACGUGGCAGGACGCAGAAGGCUUCGUGCAUCGACAAGGAGUGUCGUGGCGGUGGAGCCGGUGCCGCGCCAUGGUGUUUCGUCGAAAACUCGUGCCGCUGGUGCAGCAGGAUAGAAGAUCUGGACCCCCUGGCCUGUGGAAGUGUCGCAUGA